GUACAUCUCAAAAAUGAACAUAGAAUUUUGUAAUGUAAAAAAUUGGUUUGAUUUAUAAACAAGGAGCUGCAGCUAUUUUGCAAAAUACUAAUAAAUUUAAAAUAGUUUUUAUUUUGAGUAAAAAGGUGUUUUAUGUCUUUCCACAGUCCAAAAUUAGUGGAUAUGAAUAUGAUAUGAUAUAGGAGGGGAGGAUGGAGAUUUGGGUGAUGUAGAAGUGGCCUUCAGAUAAGCCGACGGUUUUUUUCCUUGUGGACACGUGUCAGACACCCCCUGCUUCGCCGGAAAACUCUCAACGACGGAGCUCUGCUGAAAGUUUGAAGCAGAUAUGGUGUCUCUGCUUACAUUGCCAUCAAUUCAUCAUGCGUGGCCAGGUUCAUCCACUCAGCUAGGUCUGUAUAGGCACGGUCAGUUUCGAAGAAGUAUUGCCUUUGUUGUGAGGUCUGAGCAUUUGCCUUCAACUUCAGCUUCUCCAUGCAAAGAAGAUGGACCUGGAAGACGCCAACUCCUGGCCGUGGGGGUGACAGUUGCCCCUUGGUUAUUCAUGUCUCAGCAGGCAGCAACAUUUGCUGCAGAAACAAAGAAAGGAUUUCUCCCCGUCACAGAUAAGAAGGAUGGAUAUACUUUCCUGUACCCCUUUGGGUGGCAGGAGGUCGUUGUUGAAGGACAAGACAAGGUCUUCAAAGAUGUUAUUGAACCUCUUGAAAGUGUCAGUGUAAAUAUAAUCCCCACCACCAAACAAGAUAUUCGUGAUUUUGGGCCCCCACAGGAGGUUGGUGAAACUUUGAUUCAGAAGGUCUUGGCUUCUCCUACUCAGAAAACAAAGCUGAUUGAGGCAACAGAGCACGACGUAGAGGGAAAAUCAUAUUACACAUUUGAAUUCAUUGCGAAAGCUCCAAACUACACCCGUCAUGCUUUGAGUACAGUCUGCAUUGGCAAUGGAAGGUUCUACACGGUGACAACAGGAGCGAACGAGAGGAGAUGGGAGAAGAUGAAAGAUAGACUGAAAACCGUGGUCGAUUCCUUCCAGAUUUUCAAUGUCUAAAGGUGGGAUAUGUGUUGCUUCUUCUUCUUCUUCUUCAUUUUUAGCAUAUAAACUAGAGGCUAUUCAAUCACUGUAGAUAUGAGUAAUUUUCUCUCAACAACUACUAGUCUCUGCACAUUCUCGUUUAUAUCUCUCCAAAGAUAUGCAUCAACUAUGGUAUAUCUUGUCUAA